AUGGCGGAACAUGUUGAUUACAAAAGUGUCAUCGAUAAGAUUCGAGUUCGGUUGGUCAACUUUUUGACGGCUUGUGAUUCCAUAGUGCCGUGGUUUGGUAACGUUAAACACAUUUUAAAUAUGCUUCUGUUGUGUUCAGAAAAGUUAGAGGCCAUAAGGACAAAUAACAACUACACGUCAACAAAUUACGAAGAGUUAAAUUAUUACGUUGAGUUAAUCGAACUUUUCAAAUUGAACAUAAUUUUCGAUAUAGCUUUCAAAUUGAGCGUGACCCAAUGCACAUAUCCCGUGUACGGAUGCGUACUCGAAACCAUUUUGGACAAUGUUACGCAAAUGAAUUUCACUCCGGAAUCAUUCCAGGAACUUGUCGAUUUGAAAAUGUUGGCUCACGAAUAUGGUUUUGCGGAGGAUUCUCUGUGUGACGGGACGCAAGAGGCAACAGAAGAUUUCCUCAAGUAUCUUCAAAGCGUAGAAAACAAGCUUACCGCAAUGGAAAAGUAUGCAGUGAACAACGCAGAUGAACAAAUUCAGUUAGUUUCCAUCCUCGAGUUGAAAAAAAUUGUGGCAAAAAUUUUUAUCAUAAGGCCUAAUAAAAUUUUUAAAGACCUCAGAGAUAACGUCAUAAUGGAAACAGAUUAUUUAAUCAUAAGAUUAAUCAAUUUGGCAAACUGCAUCAACUUCAAAACCGAUUAUAACUCGUGUAUAAUUUACAUGAUUCAGUAUCGUCUUUUGGCCAAAAAAAAAUUUGAGAGAUCACGUUUGUUUGAAACCUAUUUAAGUCACGUAUUUUCCCAGAUCAGUUCUCAUUUACUUCACCAAAAAACUAGAGUUUGGUUGAUGGGGAAAAUAGAAACGUGGUUAGUUACCAGCAAGAAGCCUAUUUAUUAUUUAAUAGGUUCAGAAGGCACAGGAAAGUCGUGUUUGGUUUCAGCUUUCUGUAAGCUUUAUGAUAACUAUAUUUUCAACAUAUUUGUCUACGACUCCCGUUACCCAAGCGGAACAACUGAAUUAAUAAAAUCUAUAGCCAACAGCCUAAUGCACAACUUGCCUGAAUAUCUAAAUCAAAUGGAUAAAAUGAUCCCAGAAAAUCAGCCAGCAUCUUGUAGCCACCAAGCCCACUGGAAGGAGUUGUAUCAAUUUCUUCUAAAGAAACCAUUGACUGCAAUUGCUGGUCAAACACACUUUAAAAACUGCAGCCGUAAAUUGAUCGUAAUAGACGCUUUAAAUGAAGCUAAGAAAUCUGAGUGGCAUGACUUGAUAGCAUUCAUGGACAUGUUCCGGAAAGAUUUCGGAGAUUUUUUGUGCUUUCUGGUAACUUGCAGAAAAGAAUGUGUGGAAAUGACUUCGUACUUUUUUGAACAAUCGUCGGAACUUCAUUCAAACGCCGAAGGUAUUGAUCUGGACAGCAAAACAUGGAUAGGUCUCCAUCUAACCGAUCUAGAAAUGUUUUUCGUCAGUUGCCUAUGCGACGUUAUAUCCAGAAGAAUCACUGUGCAAGAACUAGCAAGCGGUGAAAACUUUCGGGGAUUCAGCAAAAGCAUAGACUGUCUGUUGAAACACACAGCGGGAAAAUUCUCGUACGCGCAACAUAUUCUGAGACUAUUUGACGAAUCGAUGCUCGAACUGCAAGGCCAGUUUCAAAAGAGCAUUUUGAACACUUUAGAGAAAUUUUCCUUGCAAAUAGGCAGAGAAAAAAUGGACGACGGCCUAAAGACUUUCUCAAAGGUCUUUUAUACGUACAGACUGAAAGAAGGAAACCCAGUUCAUCCUCCACCUGAGUUGUAUCUGCUUAUAACAGGCAAAUCCAUUCGACUGGAAUCUGUCAAAUGA